AUGGCCCAGUACAACACGAACGUUCCCAGCUUCUACAGGGUGGAGGAGCGGGACAUCGUGAUGCCUGCCGAGUCCCGGCUACAGGUGGACCUCUUCGACUUCCAAGAUACAUUGGGUGAGGCCAUCAAUGGCGAAAAGCUGAUCGGCAGCACUGUGAUCGACUUGGAGGACCGCUGGCACUCUGCAGCCUGGAAAGACUGCAUGGACCGUCGCCAGCAGGUACCCACCGAGAAUCGCGGGCUUAUCAACCCUCAGCUUUCGGGACAGAACUGCGGCAGUAUCGAGAUGUGGGUCGAAAUGAUCGACAGCGUGCGAGCGUCAGAUAUCAAGGCAUCUGAGCUUCGGAAGCCUCCGGCGAUGGAGAUCGAGAUCCGCCUUGUUAUUCGAACUUGCAAGAACGUGAAGCUCUGGGACGGUUCCAAGACGGACGUGAAAGUCACUGUGGAUCUUGAGUGCAAGGAGUACGAGGGUGUGACGAUGGGAUUUCCAAAGCUGCAGCCAACGGAUGUCCAUCUCGGCUCCACUGGCAAUGCUAUUUUCAAUUGGCGCAUCGUUUACCCUCGAAUCGUCAUGCCGACCAAGUCCUGCACGAUGGACCUGAAGCUCUAUCAGGCAAACUUCGUCUCAGCCGACGAAUUCAUCGGGGCUGUGAGCGUGGACUUGCGAAGAUAUGUGGAGAGAGUGGCUCGGGACAUGGACAUGAUCUACAUCGAAAAGGCCGAUCUCCAGUUCACCGCAGGCGCUGCCGGCGAGGGCGAGGAAGGUGGCGAUGGGGCCGAUGCUGCAGAGGAGGAGACGGUUGGCUCCGUGCAGUUCGAGAUGUGGUUUAUGACACAGAGCGAGGCCAACCAGAAGCGGAACGGCAAAGGACGCGAGGACCCCAACGACUUCCCUCAGCUUGUCACACCGGCAGAGGGUCGCGGUUGGGGCGACGUCCUUGGCGGCUUCUCUUUGUCUUUGCCUGACCUUGGCCUCAUGAAGAAGGUGAUCCCACUGAUUCUCUUCACUCUGUUGUGCCUGGUCCUCCUCAGAUUUGUCGGUCUGCUCUGA